AUGAAUAUAUCGGAAGUAUCAAAACAAUUACUUGAUGCAAAAAGAAAAAAAAAUUUAACAUUUGCAGAUAUUGGACAAAAAUUAGGACGUGAUGAAAUAUGGGUAGCUGCUUUAUUUUAUGGUCAGGCAAGUUUUCCUGAUGAAAAAGAAUGUCAAAAAUUACUUGAUAUACUUAAUGUUAAUUUAUCAUUCGAACAUAUUUAUGAAUUAACACAUCCACCAUUUAAAGGUUCAAUUCUUCCAUCAUUACCACCAACAGAUCCUUUACUCUAUCGAUUUCAUGAAAUUCUUCUUCAAUAUGGUGUACCAAUGAAAGAAAUUAUACAUGAAAAAUUUGGUGAUGGAAUUAUGUCAGCUGUAGAUUUUACAGUUAAAAUUGAUAAAGAUGAAACAAAUAAAGAUGCACCAAGAGUAAAUAUUAAUAUGUCUGGCAAAUUUUUACCAUAUAAAAGAUGGUGA